AUGUCGACCGAAAACAACAACGCAGAAGUUGCUGCAACUGCAGCAGUUUCAAUCAAGUUGCCGGAUUUCUGGAAGAAUGACCCGGUGAUGUGGUUUGCCCAGGCCGAAGCGCAGUUUGCCUUGGGUAGGGUCGUAAACGACGAGACGAAAUAUUACCACAUUAUCGGGAAGGUGGACCAGACCGUCAUUUGCCACAUCUCGGAUUUAGUGGUAGCUCCUCCAGCUGACAACAAGUAUGCUGCCGUCAAAGAAAGGUUGAUUUCCCGCUUCGUGCUCUCUGCGGAAACUCGGCUGGAGAGAUUGCUUGGUUCGUACGAACUGGGCGAUAUGCGUCCUACGCAUCUGCUGGCGAAGAUGCGCGAGCUGGCAAUCGGAUUGAAAGUAGACGACAACCUGCUCAAAAUGCUCUUCAUUCAGCGGCUUCCGGUAAACGUUCGUCCAAUCCUAAGCUGUCACGACGGAACAUUGGACAAGUUGGCUGAAAUGGCCGACAAGAUGGUGGGGGUUACAUGCUCUCUGACGACGGCCGCCGUUGACGAUGCAGCUGGACCAAGCGGCGCCUCUGGUCUUCAAGAACAGGUAGAUUUUCUGACCGCCGAAGUUCGUCGAUUGACGACGUCUGAACGCACACGGAACCGAUCGGCCUCGCGAGGCCGUUCCUCGUCGAAAUCAAGAACCGGAUCGCAGAAGGAAGUAUGCUGGUACCACCGUAAAUACGGUCGAGAUGCUCACCAGUGCCGUGAACCCUGUGCGUUCAAUUCAAAAAACUAA